UGUCAGAGUGAGUGUCCCGACUCCCUUAGCAUACAUCAGGCGCCAGCAGUGUCCUGGGAGGGCGGGCUGCAGACUGGAGCAGAGGAAGGGGCGUCCUGUGCCCUCCUACCUGUAGCCUUGUAGCCCUUGGCGUGGAGCCACAGCAACCAUGGCGUCCUGGCCUGAGCUGCGGACUCUCUUAAGUGGACUUUCAUUCCUGGUGCUGCUGCUGUCAGGCGAGGGGGCCACGGGUGGACCCCGCAAGCAGAGACAGGGGGUCUGCUCCAAGCAGACGCUGGUGGUCCCGCUCCGCUACAAUGAGUCCUACAGCCAGCCAGUGUACAAGCCCUACCUGACCCUGUGCGCAGGGAGGCGCAUCUGCAGCACCUACAGGACCACGUACAGUGUGGCCUGGCGGGAGGUGCGGCGCGAGGUGCAGCAGACCCACGUCGUGUGCUGCCAGGGCUGGAAGAAGCGACACCCAGGGGCGCUAACCUGUGAAGCUGUGUGCGCCAAGCCCUGCCGGAACAGAGGUGUCUGCGUGGGGCCUGACCAGUGCGAGUGCGCCCCAGGCUGGGGCGGAAAGCACUGCCACGUGGAUGUGGAUGAGUGCAGGGCCGGAGUCUCCACAUGCUCGCAUCUCUGUCUCAACACGGCCGGCAGCUUCACCUGCGGCUGCCCUGACGGCCAGACGCUGGGCCCCGAUGGGCUCACUUGCACUCAAGACCCUCCAGGGAACCCCACCAGUGCCAGCAUCCUCAGUGUGGCCAUUAGGGAAGCAGAGGAAGCCGAGGAGAGCGCCCUGAGGCGGGAGGUCCGCGAGCUUCGUGGUCGCCUGCUGCGGCUGGAGCAGUGGGCCACCCAGGCUGGGGCCUGGGUCCGCGCGGUGCUGCCCAUACCGCCCGAGGAGCUGCGGCCUGAGGAGGUGGCCGAGUUGUGGGGCCGAGGCGAUAGGAUCAACUCUCUCAGCGACCAGGUGCUGCUGCUGGAGGAGCGGCUGGGUGCCUGCUCCUGCGAGGACAACAGCCUGGGCCACGGCCUCAAGCGCAGAUAAGAAGUCCUGCAGGUCCCCAGCCCUAAUUCGUGCAGAAAUCGGCUAGACUAAUCUGCAGGGAUCGGCCACCUGGCGCUGCAGAUAAGGCCGUCCCGACCACGGAACAAGGAGCCGCGCGCACCAG